CUCCUCAUCUCACUUCCACCAACUGGCUAACUUACUGGUCGCUGGCGAUGCUCAACCAACGAGUCAGAUCCUUCUUCCUCGGAUGCGACAAAAACUUCAUUUCUUCCUCGCAUGAAUAUAACUACUAUGCUGUAGAAACAGCAAGACGGCGUGUCUAUAACUCCCCUCAUCGUGGCAUCUUUUCAUUCAGCCAUGCAUUCAAUAGGCCCAGGGUCCUAUUGUACUAUCCCCGAAACCCUUCCGUAGCCCGGCGGCUAUAGACAAACAAAGAGAGAGCAUAUCAACGGAGAUCGAAGAACCGCGGCCAAGGACAACUCCUGCACCGCGAGGCGCUAAUAAUCCGCCAUAACAACUGGGAAGGAAGUUGCGACCGACGUUGCGACCGACGUUGCGACCGAAGUUCAGCCUCAGCCUCUCUUACCCCGAGCGAGCUGUUGUAACCCUCGCGGCUACUCAACACAACUCCUCCCACUUCAUUUCGAUCCAUCCCCAUCGUCAAACACCACCAAACUCCUCACAGAGACCUCACUGACUGAGACACACACUCUCUGAUGCUUUCACCAGCUCUCUCGGGACAACACCCCAUCCCCAGCUAGCUAGCAACCCCAUAAACCACAUCACCAUGGAGCCUGUCCCGGAGACAGAACGCAUGUCGGAAUUCCGCUCCUCCCCCGUCCCAACCCUCCGCAUCCACGAAGCCCCGACCUUUCAACCCACUCUCCCCUUCUCCAACAACCCAUCAUGGACCAAAAAACCCCCCAGCACCCGCCGCGCCACCGACCCCACGCCCUCCUCCCCCCUCGGCUGGGGCCCAACUACCGUCGCCUACCGCCCUCGCAACAUCUCUCCCUACUCCCGCAGCCAUGUACGCUCGCACUCUGCAGCUAGCACACCGACACCGCCUAUGUCGCGUGCGAAGUCCAUGCCGGGCGUCAGCAGAGUCGGGUUCAAUAUCGGGUCACCUGCGCGGCCGUCCAGCCCAGCGGGGUCGCCGAACCGGAAUCGCUCUUUGAGAAAGCCGGUUGAUGAGGUGUUUCCCGUGGCGCCGCCGCUGCCGAAUCGUGGGCUUAUGAUCGAUACUAGUGACCGUGUUGCUAUUCCCGAAGAAGUGGAGGAGGAAGAGGAGGAGGAGACGCCGAGGGGGUACGAGAGGGGUAGCUCACCGGGGCUGAUACCAUCUACCUCAAACCCACACCUCAGACGGUCGUCAUCACCCUCGAGGAACUUAUCAAUACACUACCCCACCAGCGGCGCCACAACCCCUACAUCACCAUCCUCCAUCACUUCAUCACCUUUAUACCCAACGAGCAGAUACGACGGGCGCUACGACUCCUUCAACAGCUACCCCUACCCCACCUCCACCUCCACCUCCUCCGUCCCCACCACGCCCUCCUCCCUCCGUUCCCGCAGCCCCAGCAUCUCGAGUCUGGAAACCAUCCCCGACACCCCCGACGCGGAGGAGGCGGCGCUGGAGGCGGAGCGGAUCGCGCAGCUCAAGGCGGCGGCGGAUGCGGUGGAGGGGGAGGAGGAUGGGGGGAGGGGAUCGGAUGCCGUGGUGGGGAGGGGGAGGAAACUGAGUCCCGGGUUUGGGAGGGAUAAGAGUAAACGCUGGAGUGUGUGUGGGGCGGAGAGGAGGGGGGAUAUUGAUUUGGAGACGAUUUGGGAGGAUUGA